GUGAGAUGUUGAUCGUUUAAACAUUCAAAUAGGAAAACAUUCGUAUUGAAAUUAAACAAAAAAUAAAAAAAACAAGAAGAAAAAAACUUUUUCGAAAAAGGAUAAAAGUGCUUUAGCAAUGAAAACAAACGUUAAAAACAUCUAAAAGUCAUAGAGAAUUCAUUUAAUGGCGCAAAGUUUUUUUGCUUUGCCUUCUUCGAUGAAAAACUAUUGGAAUGUGUUCAAUUUUGAACUUAAAGUGGUAAAUCUAUAAAAGAAACCCCAAAAAAAUUAAGAAAAUAAAACAGAAAAGGAAGUUUUACUACUAGACACACACGCACACACACACAAAGAAAGAUGAAAUCCAUCUUCUUUAAAAUAACGUUUGUUAUUUUUAGCUUGGCCCUUUGCCAGAGCAAAGCCUCCACCUCCGCCAAUCAAAAUCUCACCUCAUCCAGCAACACGACUGCAACAUCAACCAACAUUAAGAAUGCAACACUAGCAACAGCAACAAUAUCCACGACAAAUGCUACAACAAAUACCACUGACAAAUACCUACAUUCCUCCGUUUAUGAAGCUCAUGCUUCAAAGGCAUUGGACACGGCCAUUAAGCGCAUGCAAUCGAUUUACAAUCGCAAACGUGAACUCUUCUAUAGUCUAACGCAGGGCAGAGGAUACAGUGUUAAUCAAGCGCCCAUCAAACAGGAAAUAGACAGAGACUAUCAUAACCUGGUCUACGAGUUGGCAGGUAAUCUCAGCGUUAUACCAGUGCAACAAUUAAAAAAUUCAACACUACGACGCCAGGUGCAACGUCUGUCGAAGCUGCAACUAUAUGGUCUGGGUAGACGAGACUUUGAACAGGCCAAGGAGUUGCUGCACACCAUGCAAACAUUUAUAACAUCACGUUUGGUGUGUGUUCAACAGGAUUGCAGUCAGCAGUGGGCCAUGGUGCCGACGAUAAUUGGACACAUUGUGCGUACCAGAAACUAUAUGGAUUUGGAAUUUCAAUGGAUUAAAUGGCGACAGGCAUUGUCUGAACGUGAUUUAGGCAAAUCAACAUUUAUCGAUUUUGUACGCCUGCUGCGUAUAGCAGCCACCUAUAACGGUCAUGUUACACCAUCUCGCACUUGGUAUUUGUAUUACGAAACGGAGAAUUUUCAACGUGAAUUGGAAGAUGUGGUUUGGGAUCUAAUGCCAUUAUACAAAGAGUUACAUGCUUACCUACGCUACUGGGCACGUAAGACUUAUAGUGAUUCAUUGACGGCUUCGGAUGGUGCUAUACCAGCACCGGUUAUGGAACAAAUGCUAAUGCAAGCCUGGCAUCCACGUUCGGUAUUUCGUACUCCCUACCCUAAAAAACAAUUGCCCACUGUUAAGCAGCGUCUAGAGGAGGUUUAUGUCACACCUGUCAUCAUUAAUAAAAAGGCAGCGGAAUUUUUUGAAUCCUUGGGUUUGAAUCAUAUGUCGGAUGCCUUUUAUCAAAAAUUCUCUCGUCGCAUGAAUGAUGAUGAAAUGGGACCCGAAUGUAAGUCAGAAGUCUAUUACUUUCCUCCCGAUGUGGCUUUGCGUUAUUGUCCUAAAUUGGACUAUAAAGUUUUGAUGCAAAUGCAUGGUUAUAUGGCUGAACUGCAAUAUAAUAUUUAUAAAACUAAUCUACCUUUCGGUUUGGAUCGUGAACCUUGCCCUGGUUUUGGUAGUGCUUUGGGUGAAUCCUCGGUUAUUGCCUCGGGUACACCACGUCACUUGAAUCGUUUACAUAUCUUGGUUAAUGCCAGUUUACCCGCUGAGGAAUCAAUGAAUCGUUUAUUCCGUAUGGGUGUCCAUACUUUAUUGGCCAUUCCCCAGUAUUUUAUAAAUGAUAAAUUUCUUGUUGAUGUCAUGGAUGGUCGCAUUGGUCCUCAUGAGUAUAAUUGUGCUUAUUGGCGUUUACAGUAUAAAUAUGCGGGUGUGGUGCCUCCUCAUCGUCGCAGUGAAAAGCAUUUCGAUCCUGACUAUAAGUUUUAUCGUGGUCUUAAUCCUGAGAAGCCUAAUACAGCGUAA